AUGACGAUGGUCAUUGAAAACCAAAACCGCCAGUAUGGCGGCAUGAGCUUCGACAAUGUCUACCACCACAACCCGCCGCAAUUCACAGAUCCCUGGGCCGCCGCCCACACCUCGUCGCAUUCCACGCCGCCCGUGUAUGCGACGUCUAUGGGCAACAGCGCCAGCAUCCCCAUCAACUCCGUCAAGCAGGAGGAAGUCAACCGCUCGACCCCCCUCUCCAUGCCCUACCCCAAUAUCCCGGUGUCUGCACCGUCAAUGGUCCCCGGCAGCAACUAUGCCACCGCGGGCUAUGGCCCUGAGGUGAUGGGCAUGCAGCACGAUGUCCCGCGCACCACCUUUGAACAGGCCCCAUCCUACACCACCGCGCCGCCGAUGAGCAGCUUCGCGCCGCCCAGCUAUGCGCCGGUGAGCUACGCCCCGAUCCAACCAUCGCAGGCCCAGGAUGCGCGUCGCAUGUCGCAUUCUGAUGCGCGCGUGAACUCAUCGCAGGCUUCCGCACCCACCUUUGGCGAUGCACUCGAUGCCAGCCGUGGUAUGGUAGCUCUGAGCCAGGACCUGACGCCGCGCAACAUCUACGGACCCCGUGGUGCGCGCGGCUCCGCCGACUCGUACGGAUUUCCCUCAACGCACUCCUCCGCCUCGUCCAUCUCCUCGGGCGGCAACUACCCCUACUACAGCGCCUCGGUCGGCUCGGUCGACUCCUCGGUUACCGACUACAGCUCGACUACCUCCGAGUCAUACGAGUCGCGCACACUGCCGCGACCGGCCAGUCUCCUGGCUGGCAGUGCGCCACCGGGCCCGCAGUCGAUGAUGACCCAGUUCAGCUCGAAGAUGCCCUCCAACACCCAGAAGAAGCACAAGUGCAAGGUUUGCGACAAGCGGUUCACGCGCCCGUCUUCGUUGCAAACGCAUAUGUACAGCCACACGGGCGAGAAGCCCUUCGCAUGCGAUGUGGAAGGUUGCGGGCGACACUUCUCCGUGGUGUCCAACUUGCGCCGACACAAGAAGGUUCACAAGGGUGAGAAAGAAAGCGGCUCUGGUGACGACGAAGAGUAA